AUGGGCGUCUUUGCGCAACUGUAUGAGCAGAGAUGGGGGCUGGCGGUGCUUGCCGUCGGCUUCUAUCUCGCCACCAAGAUUCAUGCAUACUUCAAGCUCAGCGCAUUCAAAGGCCCGGUCGGCGUCGGAUUCUUCAACCUCUGGAACAGCUGGGCUUUUUUGAGCAGGCAAUCUCACCUCAAGUACAAGGAAGCGUGUGAGGAAUAUGGCUCCAUCGUCCGCAUCGGCCCGAAUGACCUCCUCACCUCAUCCCCCGAGCUCCUCAUGCACAUGAGCGGGGUUCGGUCGCCGUACUACCGGUCUUCGUGGUUCUACAAGGGCUCGCGGCCCCGUCCGGGCAUCGACAACGUCUUUAGCUCGUCCGGCCCGGAAGGCGAGGCCACCCACACCAGGAAGCGCCAGCAGCUGGCCCCCGGAUACGCCGGCAAGGAGAGCCCGAUGAUGGAAAGCAUGAUCGACGAGCAGGUGGCGACCCUGGCCCGGCUGCUCCGGGACAAGUACAGGUCGUCCGAGGCCCGCGUCAAGCCCGUCGACAUGGGCGUCAAGCUGUCGUACUUUACGCUCGACGUCAUCUCGGCCCUGUCGCUCGGCAAGCCCUUUGGCGACCUCGCCAGCGACUCGGACAGGCACGGCUACAUGAAGGCGACCGAGCAGGCGUUUGUGUAUCUGAACACGCUGGCCGCGUCGCCGUUCGCGUCCGUGAUGCAGAUCCCCUUGGUCUACAAGCUCGUCGGCCCGCAGGAGUCGGACCGCACGGGCGUCGGCAAGAUCGUGUCGCUGGCUCGGCAGAACCUCGAGGAGCGGCUGCGGCACGACACCAAGGAAAAGUCCGACAUGGUGGCGUCGUUCGUCCGGCACGGGCUCAGCUUCGAGGAGCUCGUCACCGAGGGCCAGUUCCAGAUCGUGGCGGGGAGCGACACCACGGCCGCCGCGCUCAAGGGCGUUCUGCUGUUCCUGCUGAGCGACCGUCGCGUCUACAACAAGCUGCAGGCCGAGGUCGACGACGCCGCCCGGAGGCUGGGGCUGCGUCCGGACCAGGUCGUGGCCGACAGCGACGCCAGGGCGCUCCCUUACCUGCAGGCCGUCAUCCGGGAGGGGAUGCGAUGCCACCCGCCCGUGACGCUGCCCAUGCCCAAGAUGGUGCCCGCGGGGGGAGACACGGUGGUCGUGGACGGCAGGGAGGUGUUCCUGCCCGGGGGCACGCACGUCUCGUACGCCGCCUGGGCGCUGCACAUGCGCAGGGACGUCUACGGCGAGGACGCCACCUGCUUCAGGCCCGAGAGGUGGCUGGCCGAGGAGGAUCCGGACAGGCUGGCGAGGAUGCAAAAGACGCACGAGCUGAACUUUGGAUACGGCAAGUAUCAGUGUCUGGGCAAGCAGCUGGCCCUGAUGGAGCUGAACAAGGUCAUGUUUCAGCUGCUACGGAACUUUGAUCUAGCCUUGACCAAUCCGGUACAGGGUUGGAAAAAGGUCAACUUUCUAGGGAUAUUUAGCCAUGGCGAGCUGCUUGUUACGGUCAGUGAGCGAGCCAGAGACUCUUGGUAA